AUGAAAAAGAGGCUGUGCGAAAUUAACGAUCAUGCCACUUUUUACACCGAACUCGAACCGUGUAUCACUUACAUUCAGUCAAGUGAGAAAGAAAAAAUCUUUUUAAUUACUUCAGUUGCAUGGGGCGUUGACAUUUUGCCUCGCAUCUCCAGUCUUAAUCAACUUCACUCCAUCUUCAUCUUUUCGCUUGAAAGAGUUAAUGAUGGUCAUUUUCCUGUUGAAUAUUUCAAAGUGGUUGGGAUUUAUACGGAACUGGAUGUAUUAUUUGCGCCGAUUGAAGAGCAAGUCGAUCUUGUUGACGAAGAGUUGCAGACGUUCAGUACUUUUGACCAACAUAGAAAAGCACCGAUGUGCAUUCCAGAACAAUCAUUCGAGUUUUUAUGGUUUCAACUUUUCAAAGGCGUCAUCAUGUGUUUUCCAUGUGUUUCACAAAUUAAAAAACAAAUGAUCGAUGCGUGUCGUCAAUAUUAUCACCACAAUAUGAAAGAAUUAAAAUCAAUUGAACAGUUCGAGCAAGAAUACCGACCCGAACAUGCGAUUCACUGGUAUAUCAAAAAAUCAUUUCUCGACAAAAUAAUAAACAAAGCACUACGAAAUAGAGAUAUGAAUCAGCUUUAUUUGCUUCUUUUCUUUAUCAAAGAUCUACCGGAAAGUCUCGCGCAUGAGCAUAAAAGGUUUUUUCUUUCUGGUGAAAAAUCGUUCUCUGUCUAUCGAGGAGUGAAAUUAUCUAGUGAUCAACUCGACGAACUGAGAGAAAAUCUAGGUAAACUAGUUUCAAUGAAUGGGUUCUUGUUAGCAAGUAGUCUUCGUUCAGUAGCACUUGCGAUGGCUACAAAAAGUACCAAGCGAGGCGAUUCUAUACCUGUUCUUCUUGAGAUAAAAUGCAGUACCAAAGACUUCGAUGAUCGGGUGGUUUUUGCUGACAUCGCCGAAUUUAGUGCGUUCGCCGAUGACCAAGAGGUUCUGUUUGAUCUGAACACUACCUAUCGACUGGAGAAUAUUGCACACGAUGAGCAAGCGUGGCUGAUCGAAAUGACUGCAUGCAAUGAUGGACAAGCUGCCGUAGAAGAUUAUAUAUCAGAGUUCUGCUAUGGAAUGGAGGAUCUCACUAUCACCAUCUUGUUUGGUAAGCAUCUGUGUAAGAUGGGCCAAUUUGAUGAAGCAAAAAAGUACUUUGAACUCAUGUUGAGCGGUGAAAAUGGCGAAGACCGCGCCUGGAUUGAUUGA